ACAAUGGAGCGUCUUGCCACUCUCCCUCCCCCUCGUCGUCGCUCCCGCUCACCGUAGUCACCACCGCUCGCUGCAGCCGCCGUCCGUCCGUCCGUCCUCCUCCUCCUCCCUCGGCGGCGCUCGCUCACCAAGUCACGCAUCGAGCUAGUGCCAAGGGACGAAGGCCACGGGCAUCUCGCCGAUGGAUGUACCGAUUCCCGGGGGCCGUGAUCAGGCGCUAAAUGAAACACACAGUCGUUUUUCAGAGCUGGACGAUCGCGACUGGCGCGGUCGGAAUCCCCAGGUUCCUGCUGCCGUGGAGGAGAGAUCCUGGGAGAAUACCGGGGAAAACAGAGAGUUUGAUGGCCGAUCUGACUCUUUGCAGCAGCAACUGAACCAAUUUAAUAACUCGGAGCAACUCAACUCCCAGUUCGCCGGAGCACAGAUCUCUUCUAAUCAGGGAACUCCAAUGCCUGCUCUUGUUAAGGCUGAAGUGCCUUGGUCGGCUAGAAGGGGUAAUCUGUCGGAAAAAGACCGUGUGCUGAAGACUGUAAAGGGGAUUCUUAACAAGCUGACUCCCGAGAAGUUUGAUGUGCUCGAGCGUCAGCUCAUUGGCUCUGGAAUAGCCACAGCGGAUAUUUUAAAGGGAGUAGUACAUCUUAUUUACGAAAAAGCAGUGCAGGAGCCCACAUUCUGCCCCUUGUAUGCUCGUCUGUGCUCUGAUCUCCAUUUAAAGCUGCCCUCAUUUCCCUCUGAUGAGGCAGGCGGUAAGGAUAUCACCUUCAUGCGAUUACUUCUAAACAGAUGCCAGGAGGCAUUUGAAGGUGCUGACAAUCUAAAGGAGGAGGUAAGACGGAUGACUGCCCCUGAGCAGGAGCUUGAGCGAAGAGAAAAAGAGAGUAUGGUCAAACUUCGAACUGUGGGAAACAUCAAAUUGAUUGGGGAGCUUUGGAAGCAGAGGAUGGUCACUGAAAAGAUCGUUUGCCACAUUGUUCAGGAGCUUCUAGGAACUGAUAAUAAGACUUGUCCUGCCGAGGAGAAUGUUGAGGCUAUUUGCCAGUUGUUUUACACCAUUGGGAAGCAAUUUGAUGAGGUACCAAAAGUACGGUGUAGAAACGAUGUAUAUUUCGACCGGUUGAAAGAAUUGACAACCGACACCCAGUUGGCUCCAAGAUUGAGGUUCAUGGUUAAAGAUGUUCUUGAUUUGCGUGCGAAUAACUGGAUUCCUAGGCAGGAAGAGGGAGGUCCGGUUCCUGCUCUUGUUAAGGCUGAAGUGCCUUGGACACCUAGAUGGCGUAAUCUGUCGGAGAAAUACCGCGUGCUGAUGACUGUAAAGCGGAUUCUGGACGAGCUGACUCCCGAGAAGUUUGAUGUACUCAAGGAUGAGCUCAUUGACUCUGGAAUAACCACAACGGACAUUUUGAAGGGAGUAGUACAUCUUAUUUGCGAAAAAGCAGUGCUGGAUCCCACGCUCUGCCCCCUGUAUGCUCGUCUGUGCUCUUAUCUCCAUAUAAUGCUUCCCCCAUUUCCCUCUGAUGAGCCAGGCGGUAAGGAUAAUAUCACCUUCAGGCGAGUACUUGUGAGCAGAUGCCAGGAGGCAUUUGAAGGUGCUGACAAUCUAAGGGAGGCGGUAAGACAGAUGACUGCCCCUGAGCAAGAGCUUGAGCGAAGAGAAAAAGAGAGUAUGGUCAAACUUCGAUUUGUGGGAAACGUCAGAUUGAUUGGGGAGCUUUGGAAGCAGAGGGUGGUCACCGCAAAAAUCGUUGACCUCAUUGUUCAGGAGCUCCUAGGAACUGAUAAUAAGACAUGCCCUACCGAGGAGAAUGUUGAGGCCGUUUGCCAGUUUUUCAACACCAUCGGGAAGCAGCUUGAUGAGGGCCCAGGAUCACGGCGUUUAAGCGAUUUAUAUUUCGACCGGUUGAAAGAAUUGGCAACCAACACUGAGCUGGCUCCAAGGUUGAGGUUCAUGGUUGAAGAUGUUCUUGAUUUGCGCGCGAAUAACUGGAUUCCUCGGCAGGAAGAGGUAGCAAGUACUGUUACUGAAAUCCAGUCGGAAGCCGGCGAAAACUGGGAGUAAUGGCAGGACAUUUUCUGGUCCGUUAUUUUAUUCUGUUCUCUCAUACUCUCUCGUUGUCCCACCGCAUGGCCAUCGACCGACCGUCGCGUGGCUGUCGACCCCCCGCCGCUCACCGAGUCACCACUCAUUGGGGCUGUCGUCUGUCCUCCUCGCUUGACGGCGGCACUUGCUUGUCCGUGGCAUUGUCCCUAUGUGUUCCCAACCGAAUAGUAUCGCCUCGGUCAGCAAUGGACAGCCGGCACAACGUAGCAGUUCCGGACGUGGCUAAAAGCCCCGGCGGCCCGGCCAUGCUCAGCCGUAGCCCACGAGGUGGGGUUGGGGAACGUCAACCCUGCCCCCAUCUUGCUCUGUUCACCAACCGGGCUGUGCACUCCAUACAGUUGAGAGGCUUCAACAAGAAGCUGUGUUUUAACCCCAGACGUCAGAAACCUUCCUAAAAUAAUGAUUUUCCUC